AUGUACGUAAUAUAUCCUGCAGAAGAAGUAGUUUCCCUUACGUACAGCUCGUACUCGCUGCCGCGGCCCCGGCAGCGGCCUACGCUUGACGUAUUAUUCGGGCCGCCGCCGCACGCGACGACUAGCGCGAACUCUCAGCCCUCGACCCCCGCCCCGCCCCGUGCUGUUUCCUUCCCCAAAACGGCGCCUCCGGAGCUCGCAGAGCGCGCGCCGGCCUCGCCGACGCCGUCGCUCGAGCGGCCGGCAAAGCUGCGCGAGCGCACCAAAGCGAAGCUGCUCAAAAAGCUGGGUCGCCAUGAUGAUAAUGAAUUUGGUAAAAUCGUUAGGACCCCCGCACCGGAUGAGUUCGAACUACCCGCCCCACUACCGACUCCAGCAUUCUCGAGGAAAAACAUUUUUGACAGGGACUUCGAUGCUCUUUUUGAAGUAGCAAAUACACCGCAGUUCGGUGCAAAUAUUCGUGUCACGACUCCGGAACCAGAGCGCCGUUCAGAUGCAUCGGGAGCGCAGUUUCCUUCGCCUGCGACCUCGUCCCUUAGUUUGCUCCCUCCACGGCCGUACUCCGAACCGACGAUUAAUCCUUCCCCUGUGCCAUCUGCCCGCACAUCCACGCCUUCGACGCCAACACAGCGAUCAUCUUGUGAAGGUUCAAGUUCGAAGCCGAAGAAAAGAAGUUUCUUUCGUAAAUUCCAUUCAUCAAGGGAAUCAACACCACCUAAAACAGUUACAAUGCAGCAACCACCGGUCGAGAUGGCUCUUCGGGAGUUAACUCAUCCAGCUCACAAUGAACAGCUGAAGAACCAACAGCAAGUCACGUUCAAAUUAGUGAAAACAGUAUCAGACUUCACAACACAGCUGUCACAACUGUAUGAAAGACAUUCAGCUGAAAUGCAAGUACUCGUCGGCAACUUUCGCAAGCGGAACAGUGAACUUCGGAAAGAAAGGGCUUCAUGUCCAUCUUCACUUUUUCAUACCUGGGAAACUUUACUGCAAGAAGUCGAAGCAGACGUGAUGGGUAGCAGCAAUGCUGCCACUUCUUUGGAACGCCUGGUGGCCACACCUCUCAUUGAUCGAACCUUUCACAUGAAAGUACAAGCACGAAAAUUAUUCGUCCAUCGUGAAGGCUGUGAAGUCAUAUUGGGAAAAGCGGACGAUCAACUAAAUAAGAGUCGUCAAGAAUAUCGUGCAGCCUUCCUUAAUUACUGCAACAACCAGAAUACGGCGGCCCUGGCCGCGUACUACGAUUCCCAUAACAACUACGUGCAGCAGCUGACAGCGACCAACGCCAUGAUUGACCAAUAUCAUAAGCAUACUCUACCCACUAUACUUCAGGAGUUAGAGGAGAUUCUGACGGAUGUGACGACAGCUGUUAGUGAAGCUAUAUAUCAAGGAGGAGAAAUCAUCACAGACAAGUGCAAUAACCAGCUCCGCCGCUACGAGUCCCUUUGCGCCCAAUCGCGUGCUGUAUCGAGUACCGCAGACCUGGCGCACCUCGCUCGCACGCUGCUCAACACGCAGCCUCCAAUGAGAACACCAAAACGCGCCUUCAUGCCGCCGUACCCACCUGAACCUGACGAUCCUCCGCUAGACGUGCCCGCGGAGACUAUGCCUCCAGUUCUACGUGGAGAGAUGCUGCUGGACCGCAUGGAUAUACGAGAGGCGCGUCUCAACUAUGAACAACUGAGAAAAGAUGCACAAGAUCUCGAGAUGCAAAUUAAGCAAUUACAGGACAGUUUGGAUUCUCUAGCUCGCAGCCAAAGCCGAAACCUGGAAAGCAAUCUUUACAGCAAAGUCAACGAGAUACAGGAGGAUCUGUCACUGAAGAAGUACGACUACAGGGCUACACAGUUGCACCUAGCCGCAGUCAGAGCCCAGAGAGAAUUAUUUGCGGCGAAGGCGGAUAGUGGCGCCGCGGCAGCCGAUCGCAAACUCUCGUCAUCAUCAGCUGGCAGUAUGAAGAAUAAGUGGUUGAAGGCCUUUCGCAGCUUGAAGCCGCCAAGUGCUCCACCACCGCAACUUGGCCCCCAAGACAAAAAAAAUCAAAUGUACCACGCGGUGUCAACGGUUAUGGCCAUGAGGAGGAAUGGUGCGGCUCGCGAUGCGAUGCGUUCUGGUGGUGAAUCGGAGGCUCACAACUUCCAAGAAUAUACGUACAAGAAAAUAACACCUUGUGAUAUAUGCUCUCAAGUUCUACGAGGGCACACCCGUCAAGGUUUACGUUGUCGUAUUUGCAAAAUGAACGUGCACACAGACUGCAUGCCGCAAGCCGGCAAGUGCCAGACUAAGUCAAAGCUCCUUCGCAGGCAGAAAAGUACCUCCGAAAUUGAGUCGCACAGAGUCCAAGAAACCGCUUUCGAAGAAGAAAAGGAGGAAGUGGAUCAGACCUAUCAAGUUCUGAAGCGGGCCAGCGAAAUAGCGAAGCCGGGCGGCGGGGAUUCGCGCGGGGGCGGGGGCCCGGUUGUGCGCGUGUCGGCGCCGGAGGAGCCGGGCGCGGCGCGCUCGCCGGCGCGGCCCGCGGCCGGCCUGGCCGUGGCGCCGCAGGCCGCCACCUCCACCUCAGCGCCACAUUCGCCGAGACGCCAAAAGUUGAACCUUAGAAUGAAGAGCCUGUCGCUGGACUCGCCGGAGUGCGGUGAGCUGCGGCGCCGCCCGCCCAGGGAGCAGCCCGCGCAGGGCAGCCGUGUCCUCUCUCCAUCGUCUCCAGUCCAUAGCAGGAGGUUAUUAAGUGCACGAGUAGGCCGCAUGAGCAGUGUAGAACUGCCUGAUGAGCCAGAUAAAAGCCUCUCAUCGAACAGCGCCAGUCCAUGCCCUUCACCAAAAUAUCAGAGGCUUUUGCCCACUAAUCUGUAUGUGAUACUUUAUAACUUCAAAUCCCGUCACGCUGAUGAGUUGGAUUUGAAAGCUGGUUAUAAGGUUACAGUCAUUGAUACAUCUGACCCUGAUUGGUGGAAAGGGAAGUGCUUAGGCAAGAUCGGGUAUUUCCCUUCUAAAUACUGCACUAAACUGCAAGCUGGAGAGAGACCACUGCAAGUCACUCAUAACCUCCAAGUAUCCGAUGGUGACAAUGGCCUAAUGUUACUGCGCGAUCAAAUUGUAAUUCAGGUCGGUGAUGAAAUCGAUGGAAUGGUGAUGAUUAGAUCCGGAGACAACAGACAAGGCGUCUGCCCGAUCAAGUUUCUGCAAGAAGUGUGA